GGAAACAGGGUGGCUCCUGCAUAUUAGAUUGUCGAUAGCCCUGAACAUUGUAAACAAAUGACUAGGGCGAUGGAGAACCUGUGUCAGUGCUGCAAGCUACGUCCGGGCUUGUCGGUGAAACGCGGUGGCUCGCUUCCGAAAACCCUUUGCUUGCAGUGCCUGCAUUUGGACACAUUUGGCACCAAGCCUAAGGUACCAAGCCGCGAAACCCAAAUUAAGGAGACGGUUCACGUAGAACCCUCCUCCGAAGACGGCCUGCCGGAGCAUCCUUUAUAUCCAGAAGUGCAGCUGGUAGUUAAGGAGGAGGACGCUCUAAUUAAGAAGAAGGUUAUCGAGGAAAACCACAUACAUAAUGAGGAGGUCAUAGGAGCACGCCCCAUAGUGGACGUAGAGGUUCAUGAGAAUGAUCCCGCAAGUAACGACGUGAUCCUCAUACAGGAUUCCUUCGAUGAGGAGGUAAUUCUUGAUCCUCCCGCAAAUAACGAUGUGAUCAUCAUACAGGAUUCCAUCGCUGAGGAGGUAAUUCUUGAGGAUCAUCCUGCAAAUAACGACGUGAUCAUCAUACAGGAUUCCGUCGCUGAGGAGGAGCUCCCCGUAAUUAAGGAGGAGGCUAUUGAAGUGGAAGACAUGCAGGGAGAAUACUUUAUAAUAACAGAAUGUCUGGAAGAGCCAGCAAUCGGAAGCUGCCGCGUUUGCUUGGAACAGUCUGACAAUUUAACCAAUAUAUUUGAUGACGCGAAGGAGUCCGGAAUUCCGAUUGCCACGACACUCUCUCAGUACACAGGAAUGCCAGUUGAGAAAGGCGAUUCAUUUUCUGAAUAUAUCUGUGUAACUUGUGUGGAUGUUGUGAAAAAUGCAUUUGAUGAUUUACAGGCUAAAGAAAAUACCAUCCAGAUGUACCGACAACCUAAAGAGGAAAUUAUUGACAUAGAUUCAAUACCAGUAAAAAACAAGUCAGUUGAUUAUGAAGUUACUGGGAAGCCACCGCACAGAUGCCCUCAAUGUCCAAAGAUAUUCUUACUCGCCGCCAAACUUCAAGAUCACAUUCGGACUCAUAAUGAAACGCGUACCACAGAGCCUCCACGGCUGAAAUGUCCUAAGUGUCCAAGUAUAUAUAUGAAACGCGGAUGUCUUGAAGCCCAUAUGUGGAUUCAUAGGCCCUAUGAUGAAAGAGAAUCAGAGUUGGAGCCUCCGUACAGGUGCCCGCACUGUCCAAAAGUGUUCCUUUACUCCAGCUUUCUUAAAAUUCACAUUCAGACACAUGAGAAUGUCUCCAACAGACUCUCUCGGAAGUCAUCGUACAACUGCGCGCAGUGUGCAGCGGUAUUCUCAGACGUGUCCAGCCUUAAAGACCACGUAAAAUCCCACGCGGAACAACGAACGUUCGAAUGUCCCCUCUGCCUGGUUUCCUUUCAAGAAGAAAGCAACCUAAAGAGUCACGACUGUGCUCACACUCGUUUCAAGUGCCACAAGUGUUCCAAGUUUUUUCAAAGUCAAAAUUACCUAGAUUAUCACUUCAAGAAAAAUCACACGACGAAAGGUCCGUUCAAGUGCAUAAAGUGCCAACAAACUUUUGAAAAAAGAAGCGCUCUUAAAGAACACAUCAGUUCGCAGGUUUGCGUACAAUUCCUCCGGAGUACGUCUCCUGGACAAAUAUUCCCUUGUCCCAAAUGCCCGAAAAAAUUUAGCAUAGAAGCCAAUUAUCAAAUGCACCACGCCACUCACAAGAAAGUAAAGACUGUUAUCGAGAAGCACAACUGUACACAGUGCGAAAAGUCCUACCAAAAUAAAAAACUCCUUACCAAGCACAUUUUGAGUCACAACCGGUGUGUCCACUGCCCAAUGUCCUUUACGAGCAAAUAUCUUCUGAAGCAGCACACUUGUACCCACAGUAAACAAUUAAGUGGGAGAAGGGGGCGCAGAAAUCUUAAUGUGAAAUACAACGAAUGCGACGAGUCCAACGAAAGUGAUUUGGAACCAUAGCAUAAAUAUUAUAAUAUCUCUAUAAGAAAACUCCCGCAACCAAAUAAACAAAACCGUUUGAAUUUGUAUUUUGUUA